UUUCAGCGUCGUUCCAAAAGGAGAGGUGGACUGCACUCAGCAUUAGCGAAGAAGCUAAAGAGACAAAGAUGUCAAAACUUUUUCAAUUACUGCUUUACAUUUGUAUUGCGGACAAGCUUCACGGACAGUAUGAAGGCUCAGGGAAUACAGAGAGCAGCUACAAUGAGGUCAUGCCCGAGCAGACCCGGUACACGCCACAACUGGACCACAGGAAUCCGCACUGGUGUCACACCUUGAGCCUGUCCAACGGGGAGGCCACCUGCUUCUCCCCACGCGGGGGGCACUACCGCAGCACCCUGGGGACCCGCUGUCACCUGGCCUGCGACCACGGGUACCGGCUGCUGGGGCGAGCGUCCGUGCACUGCAUGGCCAACCGCCGAUGGUCAGGCACCGCCCACUGUCGCCAAAUCCGUUGCCAUGUCUUGCCUCUGAUUGAACAUGGGAGUCACACCUGCACGGAAGGUGUGGCAGUGGACUCCAGGUGCGACUACACCUGCGACAAGGGUUAUGAGUUGGAGGGGGACCGCACCCGCACCUGCCUGGAGGGGGGCUUUUGGAGUGGGGCAGAGCCCACCUGUACAGAUAAUGACCCACCCAUGAUCAAGUGCCCCACCUCCAAGGUAAGGCUUGCGGGUCCAGGCAGGCAAACUGCCAGGGUGUCGUGGGAGCCCCCAUUGGUCAAGGACACCGCUGACAUGACGCUGACAGACGUGACACUGAUGGGCCAAGAGCCAGGUUCAGACUUUAAAGAGGGGAUACACGUCAUCCGUUACAAGGUUUACGACCAGGCAAGAAACAAGGCCGCCUGCAAAUUCAUCGUCCGUGUGGAAGUCAGGAGGUGUCCCGCGCUCAAGGCCCCACUGCACGGCUACCUCACCUGCUCCUCGGACAGGAACAACUACGGGGCCGUGUGCCAGUACCAUUGCGACGGAGGCUACGAGCGGAGUGGAACCCAAACCCGGGUGUGCCAGUUCAACCGUAGCUGGUCUAUGUCAACUCCAGUCUGUGUCAGGUUUGAGAUAAACACAAAAGUGAGGACGGCCGCUGCCCUGCUGGACCAAUUCUACGAGAAGAGGAGACUACUCAUCUUGUCCGCGCCUGACAAUUCCGACCACUACUACAGACUGCAGAACAUGAUGUUACAGAGAGCUGGGUGCGGUCUCGACCUGAGACAGGUGACGGUAAUCGAGCUUAUCGGGCUACCUCCUCGAGAAGUGGGCCGCAUAAAAGACCGGCAGCUGAACUCUGAGGUCAUUGAGGGACUCAGGCAGGCUCUGAGGAUCUCCAGAGCCUAUUUCUCCAUGGUGCUGCUCGAUAAGCACGGCGUCGAUCACGAGCGCUUCAUCAACCCCACCACCUCGGAGGAGCUCUACUCAAUCAUUGACAAUUAUAUGAUGGAGGAGGAGGAACGUGAACGCCUGGAGGAAAAGAGGGACUACUGCGACUGAGUCUCCAUGCACCGCUGCCCCCUAGUGGUGCAACAACCAGCCAUGGCUCUUAGCAAUAUGAAGUCAUGUAUUCCACAGAGCACUGGAUGGAUGCCAAGACAACUUAUGUUUCCUGUUUUAUUUUUAUUUUUUAUUUUUUUUGUUUUUUACAAAUGUGCUACUUUGCAGCAAUCUGAAAAGGUAACCUGGAAUUACCUUGUGGCAGACCGGAGGGACACUUGUGGAACAUUGUUCAAGGGUGAAACCACAGGGAUUUCAGUACAGUUAAGUACAGCUGGUAGCUGAAGUUUGACAGCCGUGAUAAUUAUAACACUGUAGAGAUGUGUGAACAGGCUGUGAAGAUGCUGCUGUCUCACAAUGUGUCAUCAGCAUGUAUAUAGCACUGAAAAAAUUAUAUCAUUAUAUUUGUUACAAGAUAAUUUAUUAUACUUCAUAAAACCAAGCUACACUACCAACCAUUACUUUAAUGUUUAAAACACUGUAUAGGAAUAUUGUAUUCAUUCAUUUUGUUUGGAGAAGCUGCAUUACCCCUUUAAAAUGGAGAAUGGUAUAAGCUGUAAACUUGUUUAUAAAUCUAUGUACAUCUCAGUUACAUACAGUAAAAACAAACUUAAGUGGAGAGACAAAAAACGUGGGGUUGCAUGUGAAAGUUUAAGGGCCAGUUGACCUAUUAAUACAAAAACCAAAAAACCCUGUAUCUGAUCCACUUAUUGUUCUAAAGUUGACCAGUCUGUGCUGUAGUAAAUUUAAAAUGUAAUAAACAGAACCGAGGUCA